AUGGGGGCGAGCGGUGAAGGAACUUUUUUGCAAAAUGGUGCGCAAUUAAACGCCAACGGGAGACUCGGUGCUGAUGCAUGUAAGGCGGCUAAGUCAAUUCUUCUGAAUGCUUGCGAACACACAACUGGUAAUUGGAUCAAAUCGCAGUGGGAAAAUGCGCGAAAAGGUUCGGUGACACGUAAAUGUUCAAUGAAGGGUUCCUUUGAUAGGUACGAGGAUGCGCCGCCCACGAAAGGUCACAAUCGACAAUGA